ACUCCCACAUUUUGGUUUCAGUUCCUCUUGGAUAAACGUUUAGCAUCAGAUUUACACCAUGGGCUCUUAUAAAAACAGUACAAAAUAUUGCCGUAAAUUUUGUUCCAGCUCACAAGCUGUCUACAGUAGAUUUAAUGUUUCAUCUUAGUAGAUUUACAAUAAAAAGCAAGAGGUUUUAACCCUGAAACUUCACACAGAAGAAAAGAGGAAAUGUGGACAUGCGGCCAUGGAUUCAGACUCUCAGCUGCUCAACUUGAGGUCUGAUGAUGAAACCAUACAUCCUCUUAAGGAUGCGCAACUAGAGGAGACAUCAUUUGAUACAGCUGCAGGUGUCAGUGCCUCUUGUCUCACUACAGCAGAGCUUCAGCAACAUUGGAGGGCAGUGAAACAAGAGAUUAGGUCUGUCAAACUGCUGUUUCAAAUCCCAUCCACCCGUAUUAUAGAACACACAACAUCCAGAUACGUGGUGUAUCAGAUAAUAGUGAUCAGAUCAGGCAGUUAUGAUUGUAAACAGGUGGCCAUUGAGCGUCGCUACUCUGAUUUCCUCCACCUACACAAUGAGCUGCUUCAGGACUUCAGUGAGGAACUUGAGGAUGUCAUCUUGCCCAAGAAGAGGCUGAUGGGCAAUUUCUCAGAAGAGAACAUCAAUGAACGGCGUGUGACUCUCUGUGACUACCUGACCCAGCUGUACUCUCUGCGCUACAUCCGCCGCUCACCUGCUUUUAUAGCAUUCUUCUCUCACCCUGAGCUGAAGACUGCCUAUGAUCUGUUACGUGGAGGCCGGUAUUCUCAUGCCCUGGAGGUCCUGCAGAACGCACUAGUGCUCCAGGAGAAAUUGUGUUCUCAUGAUUCGUCCCUGCUCGUGCCAACACUGUGUGCACUGUUUGUUUGUCAGAGGGACCUGGAGGAUUUCCAUGGAGCUUUCCAGACUGGAAACAGGGCGCUGCCAGCAGUAAGGCGCUAUGGACUGUGCAGAUAUCGGAGCCCACUGCUGGAGGCCAUGGUGGAUAUAGGCUAUAAGUUACAGAACCCUGUGGCUCAGUUACAAGAGGAGCUGAUCAGAAUUCAAAACUCACCACAUGGACCAGAGCCACUGAUGUCAAUAAAACAGCUUGUGGUGCAAGAGUUUACAUGAACGCAUAUUUCAUAAAUGCCCCCCCCCAGCCCCCCCCCCCCAAAAAGAAGAAAACUUUGUUAAAAUGUCUUCAGGAUACUUAACUUGUGUAGUACUGAACCAGUGUGUAAUGUCACCCUGUGAUUAUUAUGUGUACAUGUUUGAUGAUGUAUGUAGGAAGUGAAAAGGUUUUUUAAUAAGGUGUUAUACCAGCAGUUGUGUUUUCCAUUCACUGAAAUACACAAGUCCAGUCAUGAUUACAAUAUGAGUGUUUUAUUAUUAUUAUUAUUAUUAUUAUAUGAUCAUAGAUUUAGUCUAAUCCUAGACUAAAAUGGAUUAUGGUUAUGUCAUUGUAGAAAGAGGUACAUUAUAAACAUUUCAUUAUUCUUAUAACCUAAUAUACACCAUGGGACUAAUCUCCAUAGUUCACCUUUUCCUGGUGUAAUUUCUUGAUCUAAUAUAAAUCUAAUUUUUCUCAAUAUAUCUAGCUAUAAAACAAUUCUUUUUUAAAUACCAAAAAAAAAAAAAAAAAAAACAUUCACAUUUACAUUUACCUUUAAGACAUAUGGCCUUAUCCAAACUAUUGCUGGAAAUUUCAUAAGUGCCACAAACUAGAACCAGGAGUCAGUGUUAAUACAUAAGUUAGGAAGUAAGACAAUUGUUUUUAAAGAAGUAUUUGUGCAUUUGGUAUUUGCAUCAUGU